GGCAUUUCUACGUUUGUAUUGCAAGUUAAUGUAGUAUGCAAAUCAGCUAGCGAGCUCGGGAAGUGGUGCGUAAGGGAUCAGCCUGAUGUGCCUCUCCGUCGCAAGUAGAAUAACGACAAAACAAUUGCUGUAGCGUAUCUCUGUUCAUCGCAUUACGUAUGCGCGUCAGUCCCUCUGGCGUCCCUCGGGCAUGGAGGUUGACGACCGCACCACAAGGCGGGGAGGAAGCCCUAGAAAGCGUGACCAGGCGUCUGGGCAGAAGCCCCACCUCAAGGUUGUUACCUAUGCUAAGGAUGCCUCCGGCCGUCUUGUACCAACCUCGACGCACAGAGCUCCCCUAACCUCAAGCCCGGCGGUUAGUCCCCGCCGCCUACCGUACAGCAGCACCGAUGCAGGAGCUAUACUUUUUCAACCGCAUGUGCACGACCAGCCAAAUCAGGAAGAUCCAUUAACCGUACUGCUUGGUGCCGGGUCCCUAACGCCAGCGUCAUGGACCCAUGAGGGCCAUGACACGUCAUCGAACGUUCCUGCCGUGGGACAUAGUCAACCAGUUGGCGACGACCAUAGAGACGGUCCAUGGCAGCCACACGGACACACGGAUAUGGCGGUGCAAGGUAACCAGCCAUCCUUAGAAGCAACGUUUGCGGUCGCCAAGCAGAUCACAAGAGACGCCGCGUCACAACAUGGCAACAACAGCAACCCGCCGCCGCUGCCGCCACCAUCGCCCUUGCAGCUGCCAGCAGGUGUCAGCGCCCACGAUGCAGCCGUCGGGGCUGCGGAGCUUGUUGGCGGCAGGCCCGUCCGGGAUGUGGGGCCCGCUAGACCAGGAAUAAGCGGCACGCGUGUACAAUCCGUUGCGUUACCUGCCCAACAUGGGAAUCCCAAAAGCGGCACCGCACGUGCUCGGCAGGAAAUCUUCCACAGACGUGGCCGACUGACGCGCGAACUGACGGAGCUGGGCCUGCCGCCUGUAUACAUGCACCAUACGAACCUCCUGGUCGGCAAACAAGUGCUGACGGGAGCCAAAGAUGCGUCCGCGGCAAGCACCAAACAGCCCCAGGACCAGCAGCAGCAGCCCGCCUGGCGGAAGCUGAGGCAGCAGGCCCUAGAUCCCGCCCACAACCCCGUCAUGGCGCGAAACGUGCGCUUAAAGGCGCAGCUGGCGCAACACGCAGCGCGAGGCGCUGCGGCAGUUGCUGCAGCUGCCGCCGCAGCGGCAGGAGCAGGGGCUGGGAAAGCAAGGCACAGCUCCCGCGCGCUUCGCCACGCAUCAGCCGUUGACGAGGCGUCCCGGACCAUCAGCAAGCUGCAAGUGGUGGAUGGCACCGGGGAGCGGCGCAUGGGGUCGGCACCGGUGUCCAAGCCCUACUACCCAAGGCGCCGCAGGGGCGGCGUUCCGGCCAACGAGACGGAGGGAGGCGACAUGAUGCCGGGCCGACUGGCGCGGCUGGUAGCGCAGCAGGUGGCGGAGGAGCAGGCACUCCGGGAGCAUGCCAUAGCAGCCUCCACCGGUCAGCCACGUAAGGUGCCCACAAAGGAGCGACGGCGGCAGGCGCAGAUCCAAGCCCUGGCGGAUGCCAUAGUGGCGGCUCCCCAGCUGGGUAUCCGCGAGCUGGGCGUCUACCUUCCGCACGAGCUGACGCUGCCGGCGCCGUCGUGUACGGCAACGACGGCGGCACAUGACGUGGCGGAGGACGCUUCUUCAACGCCUCUUGCAGCCCUGGAGGAGGCAUUGCGUCUGCUAGAGCGCAGCGCUGCAGCUGCACGAGCAACCGUCGCGGCUGCAGAAGACGAUUACGGCUCCUUUUAUCCCCGCGGCAGCGGUGCUGCUGACGUCACUGCCGACGAGGACGCGAACCCCUCCCCUGCUGCAAGCUCGUACGGCAGUGGCGGGCACUACUUGUACGAGGAGGGCUUGGCGGAGGAUGAGGACAGCGGUGAGGACGGGUCGACUGGCAACAGCAGCUGCUGGGAGGGCGACCGGGACGGCAGCGAGGGCGGCGGGGUGAAGGCCCGAGCCCAAGGAUCACCACCCGGAGGGAAUGCGGAUGACGUGUCGCCCAAGAGGGGAUCGUUGUAUCCCGAUGCGGUGGCCUUGGAGGCCAACCCCGGAGCCGGCGUCACCGUAGUGCGCUACCCGGCUAGCGACGUCAGGCGCCGGCAGUGGGCGCAGAUGCGCAGUCCGGACCGCGGAGUGCAGGCCGCCCGCAGCCGCAUGGAGCAGGUGCACAGCGCGCAGGCUGCGGCCGUCAUGCCGUUUGACCUCACGGCCUUGCGCCGCGCGGAUGCACGACUCGCCAAUGAAGUAACAGGGGGCCGGAUGCGCAAGAGGCCCGGGUCUGCUGUCGAGGACUCAACCUCAGGUGCGGCACCUGCCGCUUCGAGCCCGCCUGCACCGCUCGCGUCGCCGCAGCUGGUCACGCCAGCCGAGGAUGCUGCGGGAACGGGCACACCAGGGGCAAGCGCCGGCACUCCGGUGCCUUCACGGCUUGGGCCGCCAGGAACCGAGGGGGGCGUGCCAAGCCGUGAUGACGGGAGCGGAGAGGGCCUGGAUGAGAGGAGGCCGUUUGGCAGCAAGACCUUGGACCACGCCAGCGCUGAUGCUGCGGCUGCGGCCGCCCAGGAAGUCCUGUCUGACGAACGGAAGGCGACCCCUGGGCUUCAAGGGUCCAGGGACUGGGGUCCCUCCCUUGAGCGCUUUGGUAUGACUUCUGAUGACAUGGACGCUUUUGACGAAGACCAAGACGACGAGGAUGAGGGCAGGAGAGGUCAAGCACGGCAUGAGGGUCGGCAGUCCAUGGCAAGGGCUGACGCAGGCGGGGGUAGCGGCAGCGACGAUGGCGAUAGUCGCUGGGGUGUGGAGGACGCGGACGAGCUUGGCUACCCCCUUGCGUUCGGCUGCGGUCCUCCCAAGAUUGCCACCCCUUCACAACCACCUUCCGGCGACUCUGGCAUGGGUGGCAACACAGCUCGCCUUGCUGCCAUGACCGGUGCGACAGCAACAAGAUGUGACGAUGAUGGAGCGGGACACAUGGACGAUGAUGGAGCGGGAAGCACCGGCUCAUGGGGCAUCCAGCAGGGCCCUAUUGCCGUUGCCGUUGCAUCCAAGAUACCCCCAAGAUACCAUGCCGCUCCAACACCACCAGGCGCCCAAGGGCACGCAGUUACGUCUACACCACCUGUGCACCCCGAGACAGCUGGCGGCGCGGCGGCAAGAGGCGGACUGCUGGCGGAGCUUGGGCUGGUUUCGGAGGCGCCCGUCGUCGACCCACAUGACAUCCCGCCCCUGCAGUUUACUCCCCCACCUGCCUGGAUGUUGGGUCCCAGAGAGGAGGCCGGAGAAGCGGAUAGGCAGGCCGCAAGCGAUUGGAAGGGGAACAAGGCUAUUGCACAAGAUCUUCUUCCUCGGAGCCCUCAUGAAGACAACGGACAAGCACAUGCCGUUCAAGAGGAGCAUGUAUCCGGGGCGCAACGACCCGUGGGGCGCGUAGAAGCUGCGUUGGCUCAAGCGAAGGAACGCAUGUCCUUUGGUCCCGUUCGAUAUGACGACAUGACGUUUCAUUUUACGGACCCGCCGCGGACUUCGAUAGGGCCGGAGUGUCGGUGACAUGCAGUGCAGGAUAAGGUCGCGCUUAGUUGGCCUUGCUUGCUCCUAUAGAAGGGCUUUAAGCAUACCGGUACGCCCGCUGCACAGUUAUAAAGGGCUCUGUAUUUACGGGUCGCUGACAGUCGUUAAGGAUAAGGUGGGCUCAAGCACUGACUUUUUAUGAAAGCCAGACCAACUCGUAGAUAUAGAAUGCUUAUAAAUUAAGGUAUCCUUUCUACGCAAUGCAGGCCUGGACGGCGCCUGGCGGCUAACUGUACAUGAUGUGCAACUGAUUACUGCAGUAUGAUAAAAUUGCAGCGAUCACAAAACCAACUCAGCUGCUCCUUGUAAAGAUACGACCCCUUGUGUUGUGUUUCUCUUCUAGUUGGUUGCUCUUAUACCCAAAUGUUGGUCCUUGUGUCUUAAGUGCAGAAGAGCGCUUGAAGCAGCUCUCUGCAAUAACUUCUCAAAGGCAACAGUAGAAGAGUGCUGACGGUGUAGCAGACGCCAGUUUUCAAGUGCAGCGAAGACCAGGGCUCGUGAGGGUUAUCAUCAGUGGUUCAGUGACCAGCUACCAGCAAAACUAUGUCUGCUGCUGCAACUAUCAGCAUGAGCAACACUGUCAAGGAUGGAACCAACCAGCAAGGGGCUCAGCCGGCUACCCCAACCGGAGCGGUGACCUGCACACGGCCAUCAAUUGCGUCGUUGUGCAAGUCGCUAGUAGCUGGUGGAGUCGCUGGUGGCCUGUCGCGUACCGCGGUGGCGCCCUUGGAGCGCCUGAAAAUUCUUAUGCAGGUGCAAGGUAACGAGCAAAUCUACCGUGGUGUUUGGCAGGGCCUUGUCCAAAUGGCCAAAACGGAUGGCGUGAAGGGCAUGAUGAAGGGCAACUGGACCAACUGCGUCCGCAUUAUCCCCAACUCAGCUGUCAAGUUCCUAACUUAUGAGCAGCUCAGCAGGGAGAUGUCCGACCACUACCGGGCAACGACGGGCAGCGGCGAGCUUACGCCCGGUCUGCGGCUGAUAGCUGGGGCGUGCGCAGGUAUUAUUGCGAUGAGCGCCACGUACCCGCUGGACAUGGUCCGCGGUCGGCUAACGGUGCAGGAGGGACGUAACCAGCAGUAUCGCGGCAUUGUUGACGCCGCGAGAUUAAUCCUAAAGCAGGAGGGCGCACUGGCGUUCUACAAAGGCUGGCUGCCGAGCGUCAUCGGGGUCGUGCCGUACGUUGGCCUGAACUUCGCCGUCUACGAGACGCUGAAGGCCGGGCUCAUAAAGCAGUACGGGCUACGAGACGAACGCGAAAUUAGCAUUGUGGCACGGCUGGGCUGCGGUGCGGUGGCGGGCUCCAUGGGCCAGACGGUGGCCUACCCCUUCGACGUCGCUCGCCGCCGGUUGCAGGUGUCCGGUUGGCAGGGCGCCAAGGAGCUGCACAGCCACGCCGGUGAAGUCGUGGCGUACCGGGGCAUGGUGGACUGCUUCGUGCGGACAGUGCGGGAAGAGGGCAUGCAGGCGCUGUUUAAGGGACUGUGGCCGAACUACCUCAAGGUGGUGCCGUCAAUCGCGAUCGCGUUUGUCACGUAUGAGCAGAUGAAGGAGAUGAUGGGGGUGGAGUUCCGCAUUUCGGAGUGAGCAGAGCAGCAGAGAGGGAGGUGAGCGAACGGGUUGGUGGGUAGGAUGCUGCAGCUGAAGACAAUAGUGGAAGCUAAAGCACGGUGAGCGGCUGCGCUGGCAGUAGUAGUUUGUGCUCUGCCACGUCCUUCGCACCGUGGGUUCGUCAGGGUGGAGGGCCACGCUUGGCCCGUUGCAUGGCAGCAAUUGGGAGAUGGGAAGAGCUUCACGCUGGCCCCGUCUGGUCUCUAGUUAACAAACAGCAUGCAGUGUUCACUUUCAUGGUUAAUUGUCUGGAGCAUUCCUUUUGUUUGGAGUUCAGGACUUGGUGUGAUCCUCAGCGAUGAAGUUUUGCAGUCAGGGGUCCUCCUGUCAGGGGAACAUCCUGUUGCGCUGCGCUUGAUAGCAGACCAGCAGCCCCUUUUAGGCGGUUGUUUGGCCUGGUACAGGCCUGACGCGCGGAGGGAUACUCGUGUCAAGCUUAGGUGUCUACUGCUUUGACUGGGGUGAAUCUGGGAUUGGAUAAUGAUUGAGGAUGCCCAUAUCGGCUUGACAGAGAAACCGAAGCUAGGAAUGUUGCGUAUGUUUGUAUGUGCAGUAGCUAUUGUGAGGCGUUGUCAGCUUCGGCUAUAGGGUGUCAGUAUAACGCGUUAAGGCGCCACGCGCCGCCGGGCAGUGUUCCUUUUGCAAUGCCAAGGUUGUGUGCGUGGCGUGGCCUGCCUCUGGUGGUCGGUCGGCUAGCCCAUGCUGGCGUCCCCUGGGACGAUUGCUAGGCGGAUCAACACUGUCGUCCUAAUAUCGCUAACUAUGCGAGAAUGACCGCGUUUCUUGUGUACGAUAGGCUGACUGAUGGUGUUCUGAAAGGCCGCUGCCAUGCAGCUAAACGCACCAGGUGGUAUACCAAAAAGGCUGUAGUGCCAUGACGCUGCCUGCGCGCCUUUGUCGGCGUGAAGGUUUGGCCCUCGGUGUUCGGGCCCUGGCUCGACAGGACGCGCGUUCUUGACACAGGGCUUCUUACGAACUCCAGCCAGGGUAGGUAUGCUGUGUAGGACUGCAUGCUUUGCGCCUCUUGUGCCUCGUUGCAUGCUCCUGUCUGCGUGCAAAGUGCUGCCUAAGGAAUGCAAUCAUGGCAGGUCGUCUGAGCACGUAGAGGCUGUUGAGAGGCGUACGGACUGGCCAGCAGACUUAGUUCCUACGCGUGCAAGAUUCCAACGUGUUUAUGUGGCGUAGUUGUGAGCACUUAAGCUCCGUUUUGCGGAUGCUCAUAUUGCAUGUGCCUCAUGUUCGUAGGCGCUUGGAGGUGGCGAUUUUUUAUGGUGUUUGCCUGGGAUGGUAUAAGGCCCCGUGCUUGGGCUAGAAUUUAUGCGCUUAUGAAGUGGUGGUGGUUUCAGAAGUUGCGGCAUUCAGUGCUUAUGUAACAGUCUCAACCGUGAACUUCAAUCCUGCAGCAGUAUUGGCAAGGGCCUCUUGUGGACACGGGCCCCACGUGGCCAUACCCACAUGGCAAUCACGG